CGUUACGACCGCCGUUUGUUUUGGUGCCUGAAUGAAUCCUGAGUGUUUCUGGUAUCCUGGACUGGAAGAUGCAGCAACAGCAAUAUCGGUUGGCCGUUGGCGCAGUUUUAUCUCGAGCGUACGCUUCAAAAAUCUAAAGCGACGCUGACACUGAACCACUCCAAAAAAUGCAUCCCUCAGAAAUUUUAGUAGUUUUGGCCGUUGCUGUUCUUUCUCAGACGCUCUGGGUUGCUUCAGUUGUGCACCCGAGUUCCAAUUGCUAUGCUUUUAAUAAUUCGAGUCACAUUGUUGAUUUCAGCAGCUGGAUCGGGCAGACUUUUGAGUACGACGGGAAGGGGAUGGACUCUGACUUGGCGGUUCGAUUUUGCAAAGAUGUAGAGACUAGAUCACAAACGGGAUAUGUUGAUUUUGGCCGAUAUGAUAAAUUGAACUACUUUGCUGCUGGUUCAGGCCAAUCUGAUUUCAUCCAACGGUUUUACAAUGGUGACCUGUCAGGUUGUGAACAAAGUUAUGAUAAAAUGGGUCGAACAGCCCAGGUGAAUAUCAUAUGUGGGACUUGUCCAAAUGGACAAUGUAAAGGUCGACUUGGAUGCAUAUGCAAUGUCACAUACGAAUCAAAUUGCAGAGUUUUGGUGGAACUGGCUAUUCCAUGUGAGAAACCUGGUCCACGAGUAUUUCAAGGCUGCACUGUUGGCUUUCAUCCGCGAUCAUGGGAACUGGUUUAUAAUGGCAUGACUCAAUUUGGUUUUGAGAAGUCUCACAAAGAAUUUAGCUUUCAGACUGAGCAGUCUCAAGUUGCCCUUUAUGUGACUGCAGUUGCUUCUCUCUCUUCCUUGGUUCAAAAACCUAGUUUCAAGGUCUCCCCAAAUAAGGGCUUGGAAUUAAAACUGUCUGGAUCUGCAGCCAAUGGGGAACCUCCUACAACUUUGUCACCCGCUGUGCUGAUUUUGGAUUGGAGAUGUGAGGUGGCCCGUGAUGUUCCCUAUGAAGUUCAUAUCUCAAUCCCUGUUGAGGGCUAUGAACCAGUUCAAUUUGUUCUUACAAAAAUGUGUGAAUAUAAGCAGAAUCAAGGGGGAGGUGCUGCAAGAGGAUGGGCAACAUUUGGAGUGCUCUCUUGCAUUUUCGUUGUCUCUUCAACACUGUUUUGCUGUGGAGGUUUCAUUUAUAAGACAAGAGUGGAAAACCAGCGUGGAAUUGAUGCAUUGCCUGGCAUGACUAUACUGUCUGCCUUUUUAGAGACUGUGAGUCACGCGGGGCAAGGCUACUCGCGGCCUGAAGACCAAAAUAGUGCCUUUGCCAGUGAAGCCUCUUGGGAGCGCCCUCCUGGUUCUUCCCAAGGAGCAUGGAGACCAACAGAAAGAAAGUAUGGCUCUAUAUAAAUGUGUGCAACCGAUUAGUUUUUUUUUUUUUGGGAGAAGAUAUCAAUGUUUCUUUUUUGGGUAUUCGUCCCGCCAAAAUUUUUAUUUAGAUCGACUCGGAUUAUGGGGGGAUUCUGUAGCUUCAGUCUGAUGUAUUCUUUGUGAACAUGUUCAACGCAAGUUUAAAAUCUUAAUAAGAAAAGGUAUAGUGAUAGCAAUGCAUUAGCCUGAAA